GCGUUUUUCCCCUCAGUUGCCGGGAGCCCAUCCUCAACGCAGCAUCCGCGAGUCCGUUCACUUCAGUUCCGAGUUGAAUGCCAUCGCGUCAACAUGAACUCCACGUACCCUGUCAUCUUGGCGUGUUGUUUGGUCGCCGUUGUCAGAGCCCUCCCCGCAUCCGAGUCCGACCUUGCCCCCGUCAUCGAGCAAGAUGGCACUGAAGAUGCCCCCAAGACGGCCGAUGCUUAUAGUACAUUGAGAAGAGCGUACAGACUCACAUUUCUACCCAUUCGAACAAUGCUUUACGGUUAUCUCCGCAGUUUUAUGCGUCGAUUUAGGAGGCGACGAAAUAAGCACAGAGGACGCAGUCUUGAUAUGAAUUUUGAGGACAAAGAGAAGUGUAACCUAAAUCAUCUGGGCAGAUGGGUGGAUAAAGAGAAUCCAUGCCGAUUUUAUGAGUGCGCAAUGAAUUUUACAGCUAUAGAGAAGUGUUUGUCAAGGCAAAACGCGGUUGAAGAUGAGAGUCAGAUUUACAGAAACACGAUUACUCAGCAUUCGAAUCAGAUAAAGCGAGAACUAGUCGAGUCCAAAAAAAGCAAAUCCAUUCAACACUCAACGUUCUUCCCGAUAAAUGACUGCGUUUCUUUGGUAAGACACCAGUGCAAGGACAAUUUCAUUUACAGCACACUGAAACAAUCCUGUGUACCCAUCAACACCGUUCCACAAGAGUGCAUGAAAUGAUUCAAAACGGAAAUAACCGAAGAUGCGACGGGUAAACAACCAAUCAAAAUCAACUUGAGUACUAAGUGAUGAUACUCUUUUGAAAACUCAGAGGCAAAAGAAGGAGGAAUUUUGGAAAAUAUUUUCAGAUGGAUUCAAAAAUAAUUUAUACAAAAGUUGUAAGAUAGACUGGGCUAAUUUUUCCUUAUUUAGGAGUUGCAACGAUCUCUUAAUUUAUUAUGUAGUUUUUAAUUACCUGAAUAAAACAAUGUUCUGUAAGUUGA